CGCUGUUGAUAGCGCACAUUCGUGAAUUCCCUCAUCAUAAACAACACGGUGCAGUGUCUCUGCAGGAGGAGAGCAGUGCUGUGUGCUGUAGAGGGGAGAUAAUGGCCUCUGGCUCCUCAAUCUCUCGGCUGUAAUGUGUUUCUGACGCCAGCGAGUGCCUGCAGCCCCCUGGGAGGUACAGGGACGACAUCAUGAUGGAGUGUCAGCAGAACGAAACGGGAGAAGCCACCCAGAAAGCGAUGACCUCUGACCUUGUCGUAAUGCCAGCCUCCAGGCGUGCUGACUUCACAGAAGCAGAUGCACACAGCUCUCUCUGUUCUGCUCUUCAGCUGCCCAAGCUCUGGAGCCAUGGGGAGAACAGCUCAAGGACAGGGAGAGAGGAGACCGAGCCCUCCGGGCCUGUUCCGGACUCCGCUGUCAGCUCCAAUGGACAGCUGUUGCCCAGGCAGCAGAGGGAGGAGGUGCCUGAUGUGGCUGCAGGAGGGAGGAGUCACGCACCUGUGAAUCUACACCUGGUUGCCAGAGAGAACGAGAAGGACAGCCAAGCCGGAGUAGAGGCAGAAGAGAAGAGACAGACAGAAACUCAUAGAAAUCCUAAGAAAAAAAAAGAGGGUCCUAGAGGGCAAUGACUUCACCUGCUGGACUCAACUGGACAGAGAACUGAACGUAAGGAUAGCGACCCCACUAACACAGAUAACAAUCGUCUCAACGGACGUACAUUCACCUGCACAGAGCAAAGUCUGUUUUCACCCAAAUGGCGACAGCAGAACCUGCACCAUCCUGGUGGAAACUGACCUUCCUACGUAAAAAGAAAUCAGAGCCGAAAGUUUUGUAUGAAAUCCCCGGAGAUCACAGCAGCAUCACCGGGGAGACACCCGGGACGCCCGACGCAGCCACGGACAGCCAGUUUAACGCCCGCUUGGAGCGCAUCGUGGACAAAACGGCGACAAAGGGACGCCAUGUGAAAGUCUCACAUUCGGGCCGCUUUAAAGAGAAGAAGAGAAUCCGCUCCACGCUAGCAGAAAACCCUGACCUGUUCCCUGAGGCAGAAACGGCGACUAAUGAGAACAAUAAAAGCGCAAAAUAGAGUCACUGUGUAAACAUAGAGUCACUGUGCGUGAAGCAGCUCAAGAGGGCCUUGGUCUAUGCAGCACUCUUCCAUUGAUGUCCUCUGCAGUUUACAAUCACCUGAGGUUGAGCCUGAAGCAAGAAAAGGAUCGCUGAAUUACUGACUGCUCUAUACUAAUGUUUGGGAACAAAGACAGGCACAAACCCAAAGAUCAGGUUUCUUCACAGAUAGGCCUACACACGGCAGGACUGCAUUGUGGUCGCCUGAUGAAAGGCUGACAGUUAGCAAAUGUUUAGCUAAGAGAAAUCCACUGAGAGGGAAUCAAAUCAAUCAUAAAUCAGCACAAGAUAUCAGUCAUGUUUCGAUUAGUUUCCUGUAUUUUAUAUGCCGAAAACUACAAUUGCAGCACUUGUCAUUAGGAAUAUUACCAGGAAUAAUAUGCUACUAUAUUAAAAGAUCACAUAGAGACUAUAAUAUAUUGUAAUUGUAUAAGAUAUUGUUAUCAUUAUUUUAAAAAAUGUUAGACGUGUCUGAAUGUGACAUGCUAUAGCUUAUGACCACCAGAAUAUCUGUUUUGAAUAAAUGUGCCUGUGUUGCUUUGAUCUUGAUUGAUAUUUAUUGUAUAUAGUUUAUAAAUCUGAACAUGGUGGGGCUUUUCCAUUUUAAUUACUGGUUUUUAUGUUAAAAAAAGAGAAAUGGUCAAAUAUUUGCACACUGCCUAAUUGUUUGCUUAGCUGGGGUUUCAAACUGAAUUUUGUACAAAAUUACCUGUUGUUUUUAACGUCUGUAGAAAAUAAAUUAAAGCAUUUCAAGA